AUGAACAACCUUGGAUAUCAGAUCCAGUCGAUGUUCAACCGGCUUCAGACGGCACUCACAGGAGCUCAACAAAACAACCGUAUCCUCGAAGAUGUCUUCACCCCUGGAGUUUCUCAACUCACCCUCAGUCCAAAGACCCGACGGACAUUUGAAAGAAUCGUAAAAUUGAUGGAUGAGGUGUGCAGGAAUUGCCAAAAUCCAAGAUUGAACCUGAAAAAUUCCCCACCCUUUAUCUUGGAUAUCCUCCCCGAAACGUACCAGCUCCUCGUCUCGAUCUUCAAAGUGGAACCGGAAAUCCUCCGGGACAACCUUUAUUUGAGGACAUUCUUCGAAAACGUUUACGCGAAAUGUAAGGGGAUGUUAAAACUCUUCCGAACGAAUGCCAUCUAUGAAGAUAACACCCAAGAACGAAGAAGCCUCACCAAAUAUUCCCUCAUAUUCAGCCAUAUGCUAUCAGAAUUAAAGGCAAUAUUCCCUGCUGGUCAGUUUGUCAGUGACAAAUUCCGAAUCACAAAGAAAGAGGCCGCCGAUUUUUGGGAGCUCUCUUUCAAGAACAGCAUUCUGGUGCCAUGGCCGGAAUUCCUGAAAGAAUUCUCGAAAGUGCAUAGGAUCACGGAUUUGGAAGCGGAAAAGCUGAAGAAAACGGUCGAUCUCACCGGCAACGAUUAUGUAUCGAGUUUUGAAUUUGACGUUUUUACCAGAUUGUUCUAUCCGUGGAAGUCCAUUCUCCAAAAUUGGCAGCUUCUCACGACGGCCCACCCCGGUUUUGUAGCCUUUCUAACAUAUGAUGAGGUGAAAAAGAUGUUGGAAAAGCUGACGAGUCGACCGGGAAGCUAUGUAUUUCGCCUUUCCUGUACCCGGUUGGGACAAUGGGCCAUCGGAUAUGUUGCACCGGAUGGGAAGAUCUACCAGACAAUUCCGCAAAAUAAAAGUUUGAUCCAGGCGCUUAUCGAGGGAUCAAAAGAAGGAUUUUAUCUCUACCCCAACGGCCAGACCAAAGACAUUGACUUGACGGGCUCGCUGGAGAGUAUGCCAGCCGAUAGAAUACGGGUUACUUCGGAUCAAUAUGAGAUUUAUUGUGAAAUGGGUACGACGUUUGAGCUGUGUAAAAUUUGCGACGACAAUGAGAAGAACAUCAAGAUCGAGCCUUGUGGUCAUUUAUUAUGCCAGCAAUGCUUGACUAGUUGGCAGGAUUCCUCAGAGGGUGGUAACUCAUGUCCAUUCUGUCGAUACGAAAUUAAAGGAACGUCGAGAGUCGUCAUCGAAUCUUUCGCGCCCCGAAGCGAUGCCAGGAAAAUGUCAAAAAUUAGCCAGCAGCGCUCCCUACGAUGGUCUCCACCUCCCGACACUUGCAAUAAAGUGGCACUUGUGAAGCUCCGUUCGUCGUCGGACUCCGCUGCGAGUGAGCCGCCCUUGGCUGAGAAUCCCGUGUCUACGCGCUCCUAUCAGAGCAUUGUGCUCACCGAACGCCCAUUGGAUGAGGUCUCAUCCUCGUCGCAGAGGAGCAGCAAAUUGCAACCAAUGAUGGGUACCGCUAUCCUAUCCGCCAGAGAAGACUUCCGACAUCGCCGAGUACAGGACCUCGAGUUCGACUCGCCGGAACGAAGGGAUUCGGAUGAGUCAACGAGUGCUGGCCCGCCAAUUCCGCCCAGAAAGUCAUCACCGGUGGUAGAACCGGAACUUCCGAUGGCACCGCCACCACCACCUCGGCCGCCCAAGACCACACCGAAAAUCAAAGAAGGACCCGUUUACGUCAACGUCGCCAAUGACCCAGAUGCCGGCACGACAUCAUCUACCGCAUAUCCA